AUGUCUACAGAUGACUUAGUUAGUCGAACUGAGCCUUCCACCCCCAUAAGCAGCAGCAAAAUUGAAAGACCUGGACUGAGUGGACCCUUUUCAACCAUCAGAGAUGGUCAUGGAGUGCGAUUGCCUCCAUACGAGUUACCCCAAGUGACUGCUCGUUUGAGCAAAGAAGUUUCACGUCCACUGUCCAGAUCUAGAACCAAAGUCACCACAGGGAGUACUCGAAACACUCCCAGAUCAACUCCUCGAGCUACGCCGCACGGAACUCCCAGGGGGACCCCCAGAGGAACUCCUACUAGGAUCAAUCGGAGAGCCAGUGAGGUUAUUGAACAACGGAAUAAGCGAAGAAGAAGGUCAUCCAUGCUACUCACUGAAAGUGGGGAGGCAGUAUAUGACCCGACCUAUGUGGGACCCAUUACCAUUGACUAUUUAAGAUUUUGGUGUAAAGUCCUGAUCAAAGACAAAGAGAAGGAGAAAGAAAUAUUACGAACAAAUAAGUUGCAAAGCCCCCCUCCUCCUAUACAACCACUAUUAGUAUCUCCUUCUGCUAGAGACUUUGAUCAGUCAUUGCCGUUACCAUCGGAAUCAGCCGGGCUUCUUCAAUCACCUUUUCAGCUUGAAGGGAAUUAUGCCAAAAUACAUACCGAGAGUCCUCUGUUUGAGGAAUACAAGGUCCUUCCAAUACGCAAGUCACGUUCACAAGAGGAGCAUAAGAUAUCUGGGGAAACUCUGCCAUCUAUUCCUGAAGCACUGAAGCCCAAAACCUUCUCGUACCUAGAAAAAAUACUAAUGACUAGAAAAAUGAAAAAUCAAUCUCCCUCGAAAGCACGAACGGGAAGAACAGCCAAACGAACACCAUUGCAAGAAAUAGAGAUCACUUCACGUCGCUCGAGUGUAUCUUAUCGCAGAGACGAAAAUGCUGAAGUCCAUCACAAUGAAAACGACUUCCUAGUGAUUCAAGAUAAAAGUGAAAUAUCAAAAGAAAAAGAACUGUCUCCAAAAUAUGAAGGGCAUCAAGAAUCCCAAGAGUUGCCAAAUUGGGCAAGUAUACACAGUGAGAGUGGCGAGAAUAACGACACACCUCAAUAUGAAAUACCAGACUUUAAUGAGGCACCGAUAACAAAUCCGACAAUCAAUGAACAAGAAGAACAGACAAAUAUCGAUGAAUUAAAAGCGGGCAGUCUUACUCCUGAAAGGCAUCAUCAACUAGGCAUUUCACUAUCCUCGCUUGAGUUCAGUCCUAGUAAAGUCAUAACGCCACAAAAUGGGACUUCACCUUUCCAAAGAACUAACUCUUCGAAUCAAAUUAUCCAAGAGGAGUACACAUUCGGUGAUGGUAAUCUUUCCCAUACUUUUAUUGAACUGCCAUCCACUAAUAGUGAAGAUUCCUUGAUCUUGCCUUUGCCAGAAAUCAAAAUUCCAGCCGUGGGGUUGAACUCUAACAUACCACAGGAUAUUCAGGUACCAAAUUCGCGUAUAGUCUCCUCCGAUUUGAACCGCUUGUCCACAAAAUCGAUGCCAGCAACAAGCGUGCGAUCCCUCGUUAAGUCAAUAAGAUACCAUUCUAUUGCAAGUAUAGCGGAUUCUACAGAAAAGAGGCCCAAAAGGAUAACAUCAUUAUCACAAGAAGUUUACCAAUCACUUCAAGAAAAAUCGGACCAGUUUUUGGAUAGUUUGAUGUCUGAUUUACAUGCCUAUGCAGAGCACAGAACUUCAACUGACUCCCCACGUAUUAAUUUAAGUGAUGUGCUUUUGUACUUGAAUAGGGUAAACUUUGUUGGUUCUAAGGAAAACAGGGAAGUAGAAGUCAGGAAAAUAUCCAGUCUUGCUCAAAAUUAUUUGCCAUUGGAGCUAUUAAUUUCCUUGGAUAAUAAUUUGAAUGCCGGUAAAAUGCGAGUUGAACAUUUCGUCUCUCAAGAUCUAGAUGCAUCUGAUUCCGAUAAUUUUAUUGAAUCUGAGGAUUCUGAUGUAUAUACAGAUUAA